UGACCGCCAGCGCCCCCUCUCUUCCUCCCCAGGCAGCUCUUGGCGAGCCCCACCUGGGCCACAGCUCGCGGAGGAUGGGAACACGUGCCCGGCGAUGUCUCUGGGCCGCCUCCUUCGCCGGGCCUCCUCCAGAGCCUCGGACCUCCUGACCCUCACCGCUGGUGGCAGUGGCGGGUCCCCCGCGGUCCUGGAUGGAGAGAUCAUCUACUCCAAGAACAAUGUCUGUGUGCACCCCCCCGAGGGCCUGCAGGGGCUGGGGGAGCAUCACCCAGGGUAUCUGUGCCUGUGCAUGGAGAAGGAUGAGCUGCUGGGGGCCACCCUCAUCCUGGCGUGGGUCCCCAACUCUCGCAUCCAGAGGCAGGACGAGGAGGCCCUGCGCUACAUCACCCCGGAGAGCUCCCCCGUGCGCAAGGCACCCCGCCACCGAUGCCGGCGCAUCCCGAGCUCGGGGGCCCCCCACCAACCCUCCCCCACGGAGCCAAGGCCCUCACUGAUGCCCAAAGAGGAGGACAUCCUGGUGGUGGCCCAGAGCAUCCAGGAGGCAGUGCACAUCAGCGCUUCCCCUGACGAUGGGGAGAAGCUGGCCCUGGACGCAGGGGCAGACGGGCCCCUCCCCGCCUCGCAGGCUGCCCACAGGGACUCCGGAGUCUUGUCCACGGUUGGCUCACAGGAUGGGGUUGAGGAGGGCAGGGAGCCACGGCCUGAGGCCGGUGAGGAGGAGGGCUCCUGGGAGCUGUCAGCGGAUGGAGUGAGCAGGGACAGCUCCUUCGACUCCGACUCCGAUGCCUUCUCUUCGCCCUUCUGCCUCUCGCCCAUCAGCGCUGCCCUCGCAGAGGGCAGCAGCUCCGCGCUCAUGGACAGCGAAGGCAGCUCCCCCUCCAGCUCGGACACCACCCUGCGCUUCCCGGACAGCAAUGGCCUCCUACAGACCUCGCGCUGGGACGAGGCUCAGCGGGGCUGGGCCCCGGAGCAGAUCUGCGGCGUGUUCCGCGUGGACCUGGGCCACAUGCGCUCCCUGCGGCUUUUCUUCAGUGACGAGGCCUGCACUAGUGGCCAGCUGGUCGUGGCCAGCCGAGAGAGCCAGUACAAGGUGCUGCACUUCCACCACGGUGGCCUGGACAAGCUGUGCGAGGUGUUCCAGCAGUGGAAGUUCUGCACCGAGUCCCACCUCGAGGACCAGCAGGUCGCCAGCGAGAGGACGUGCGUGCAGUUCUCCAUCCGGCGGCCCAAGCUGCCGUCCUGCGAGGCGCACCCCGAGGAGAGCCUGUACCGCCGGCUGGACGUGCCCGCCUGGCUGCAGCACCUGAACGAGCUGGGCCAGGUGGAGGAGAUGUACAAGCUGCGCCAGGCCAUUUUCUUUGGCGGCAUUGAUGUGUCAAUCCGCGGGGAGGUCUGGCCCUUCCUGCUGCGCUAUUACAGCCACGAGUCCACGUCGGAGGAGCGCGAGGCGCUGCGGGUGCAGAAGAGGAAGGAAUACCUGGAAAUCCAGCAGAAGAGGCUCUCCAUGACUCCUGAGGAGCGCGGAGCAUUCUGGCGAAACGUGCAGUUCACCGUGGACAAAGAUGUGGUUCGUACAGAUCGGAGCAACGAGUUCUUCCGAGGGGAAGACAAUCCAAACGUGGAGAGCAUGAGGAGGAUCCUGCUGAACUACGCUGUGUACAACCCGGCCAUUGGCUACUCCCAGGGCAUGUCGGACCUGGUGGCACCCCUCCUGGCCGAGGUCCAGGACGAGUCAGACACCUUCUGGUGCUUCGUGGGUUUGAUGCAGAAUACAAUCUUCGUCAGCUCUCCUCGGGACGAGGACAUGGAGAAACAGCUGCUGUACCUGCGGGAGCUGCUGCGGCUGACCCACCCUCGCUUCUACCAGCACCUGGCCGCGCUGGGCGAGGACGGCCUGCAGAUGCUCUUCUGCCACCGCUGGCUCCUGCUCUGCUUCAAGCGGGAGUUCCCCGAGGCCGAGGCCCUGCGCAUCUGGGAGGCCUGCUGGGCCCACUACCAGACGGACUACUUCCACCUUUUCAUCUGCGUGGCCAUCGUGGCCAUCUACGGGGAUGACGUCAUCGAGCAGCAGCUGGCCACUGACCAGAUGCUCCUGCACUUCGGAAACCUGGCCAUGCACAUGAAUGGAGAGCUGGUGCUCAGGAAGGCCAGAAGCUUGCUGUACCAGUUCCGCCUCUUGCCGCGGAUCCCCUGCAGCCUGCAUGAGCUAUGCAAGCUCUGUGGGACGGGAAUGUGGGACAGUGGGUACAUGCCCGCUGUGGAGUGUGCCGGCCACCACCCAGGCUCCGAGGGCUGUCCCUACGGGGGCACGGUGGAGAUGCCUUCACCCCCAGCUCCAAGAGAAGGCAAGAGGGGCCCGAAGACACCUCGGGAAGGCUUCGGCUUCCGCAGAUAGGUGGGACUCCCUGUACUGGACAGGUUGAGGGGACCUUGCAGGAGGUCCUGGGCGUGGGGGAGGGGCUGGGGUACGGAUGUCAGAAGUGUAAGGAAGAUGGCUGUGGGCGAAAUGAAGAGCCCUUUUCCCCAGUAACGACACAGCCAGAGCCUGGAAAUGACAGCAGCAAGGCCUGCCACCCUCCCAGAGGACAGCCAGCCCCGGAAGCUGGGACCGGGCAGCUGCCUCACGCCGGCUGCCUGGGGGAAUUCUGCACAGCCCAGAAAUUCCUCGUUGCCAGGAAAAGGGGACAGCAGGGACAGGAGGAGGCCUCCACCCCAGUGCCAAGGGGUGCAGACAGCGGGGCCCAUGCAGGCCCAGAGGCCUCUGCACACGGGACGCUUUCUCGUCAGGAUUCUCCAAUGAGCUGGACACGCUCCUCCCCCUGCCCACCACAGCUGCAAAGCUGGUGUGAGGGCAUCUGCCAGGAAGCCCUCCGAUUUCAGAACAAGUGUCCAACCUGGGGCUCUCGCGCCAGCUGCCUAAGUGCUGUGCAUCCUGGCCAUGGGGAGGAAGGGCCCGACUGAGCCGGAGCCACAGCCUGGUGGACAAGGGUCGGACACCUGCCCCUAAGCUGGGGUCUUCCCCUGAGGACUCCUGGCACUGUUCGCAGUCAGUCUCACCAGGUCCAGCAGCCAUCUGGGGGUUGAACGGGUUGGCAGGUGUGUGUGUAUGUGUGUGUGCAUGUGCGUGUGCCUGCAAGGUCCUCUGAAGAGGAUCCCUUCCUCAGGGCGGUGGGAGUGUACUAACAGAAAGCCAGGACAAGGCACCUGACAUAGCAGAAGCCUCUUGACCCGCUGCAGGACCUGUGGUCCCUGCUGUGAGUGUGGACCAAGAGCAGCCGCGGUCAAGGAGCAUUCGGGCUCCCCCGUGUGCUCCUCCUCCGAGGGCUGGGCCUUGGCUGCCCCUCCUGGGACAGAACGGGGCACAGGGGCUGUGACCAGAAGCUCCCAGCCGUUGCAGGAGAGCCAUGUCUUACGUGAUGGGCGCCAGGAGUUGGAUGCCUCUGUGAAGCGCAGACCCAGAGCUGCCUCCCGCCCGCAGCUCCCUGCUGAAGGGUGGGCACUGCUGGACAGUGCCAGUCUUAGAAAGACACCAGCCCCCUCCCUUCUCAGCCUUUUUUCUCCAUAAGCCCAAGUCCUCUUCAAGGCACUUAAAAGUUCCCGGUCCCUCUGUUCCAAGAGCCUUUGGGGGAGAACAUACUGGACUCCCCAGUGUGCAGAUCCUGAGCUGUUAACCACUGCAGUCCAGCCACGGGGGUCCUGGGGGGUGGACUUCUCAUCUGUUUUGCUCCUGGGGAAAGUGGGUUGCCUGUCUGUGUUGGCUCCUGGUCCGCUAGGGAAACGGGUAGCGCUAACCAGGUUCCUCCUUCCUAACCCUCCUCUGGAAACCAGACCCCACAAAUAGUCCUGUCAGCUCUCCGUUGCCACAGGAGUGCUGUGUAGCAGAUAACCCCCAAAUUCAUCGGCCUAAACUGCUGCGCCCAGGUACCGUGCUGCCUGCAGGUCGGCGGUCAGGCUGGGCAGUCAGGCUGGGCAGUCCUGGUCUUGGCUUGCUUACCUCCGGGGCCAUGGGUUCCGAAGCUCCAGCAGGGCACUCGAGGUGCAAGGGCAGGUCCCUUGCCUCCCUCCUGCAGGUCAGCCCUGGUGAAGGCCCCUGCAGGACUGGGUGUGUACCUGUCCAGGCCAGGGAGGACCACACGUCUGUCCCAUCCUGCGGCCAGACCUGGCCUUCUGGGGUGGGUAAAGGGACCCUUUCUGCUAGUGUUCCCUCUGCACAACCUGUCCAGGAGCCUGGGGAUUCAGAGGGGCCCAGGAUGGGACUGUCAUCACAGUCUACCUGCCACCACUAGAAAGUCUUGGUCCAAAUGACACUGUUCCAGGUCACCGCUCCCUGGGGUGGGAGAGGGAGCCCCUGCCCUCACCCAGGCCUGUGCUACUCUGGUGCCUCUUGCCCUGGGGCUGCUGUCUUGAGGGCAGGUGGAGCAGGGCCAGGCCUCCACUCGCUUUGGAAGGUCCCAGGUGGAAGGCCCUCCCCCUGAGUUCCAGCUCCCCAAGACCUGACCCACCUACACCAGCUGCAUCCUCAGGGUGACCAAGUGCCACUCUGCUCCCCUGGGCCUCAGUGUCAUCUGCUUCUGCAGAGCAGCCAGGGUCCAGGAAGCCAGAGCGGGUGUGCUGCGGGCUGGAGGGGAAGCCCUGGAGGGGAGGGAGCAGCCCGCCCUGGCGCUGCUCCCUUCAUCUGGAUGCAAUUAGAGGAAGCCAGCCCCAACCCUGCGGCAGCUGUUACCCCAGGAUUAUUCCCAGCCAGCAAAAGGCAUUAGGGUGAUAAUUCAGCCAUCAGACUCCUGGCUUCCCACCGCCACGACGUGCAAAUAGGGGGUAAUCAGCCCGGCAUGGCCAUCCUCCGCCAUGCCGCUUAUUUAACCCAUUUUUUAAAAUGACACUUAAUGCUAUUGGUGGGCGGGCGUGUGCGCGCAUAAAGUCGGCGCCUCGUGGGUCCUGCCACUUACACGCCUGCUGACAGUGUGGCAUGACGUCGUCCUGGGUCUCUGGGAGGAGAGGGACUGUCCACCUGACACCAGGAAAGCUGACUUCCGACCCGUCCUCCCAGGGCAGAGGGACCUGGCAGGAGGUCGGGAGCUGGGUGCACCCAGGGAAUGGCGGGUGGUGUAGGAUGAGUAUUUCUCUGCCACCUGGGCCUGACGGGGUCCUCCCCCGGGUGCUAGGAAAGAGCGAGCAGAUGGGGGCAACAAGGAAAUGGGGGCACUGUGGGCCGCUGGGGGGGGAUCUGCUCCUGUGAAGUCCCUCUGAGCUGUGGUCCACCUCUGGCAGAUAGCUGGGGUGGCCCGCAGGGUUUUAGUCUCCCUCGGGUUUCCUCCUGCAGAAGCCUCCCUAUCCAGCCUCCCGAUCCCCUUGCAAGAGGCUGGGGAGGUGGGGACACCCUGGGCUCACCAGGCAGAGGGGAGGAAGUAUCUUCUAACCUGGGCCAGGUGCAGCCAGGACUGGCUGCCCAGUUGGACCAUGAGGCUGGCCUGAACCUGGGCCCCCUAUCCCAGGGGCCCCGGGGACAGCCUGGGUCUUGUUGGCUGCACAGGCCUUCCUGUGGGGCCGCUCCAGACCUAAAAGCGAAUCCCCCAAGUCUCCCCAGGGCUGGGAGUAGCGCUGUGGGAACGCCCUUCCCUGGAGCAGGGGCCUGGCCUGGAACUGCCACCACCCCUCCCUGGCCAGUGGCCUCUGCCCACCCAGCCUGUUCUUCACCUGUUAGAUGAGCACAAGGACACCUGCCCAGGCCACCCCAUCUGUGGGACUUUUCCUGUAGAAGCUGCCAGGAGCCUGGUACGCCAUGGCCCAGAGGCCUCACCGGCCACUCAGGGAAGCGACCACUGACCUAGCCUUCAGCAGCCUUGACCAUGAGGGCUCAGGCCCUGGACAAGAACUCUGCCCUGGUUUGGAGUCAGCAAACCUGUGGCCCCUCCUUGCUGAGUGUCCCCGGCGGAGGGCCAGCCUUUCUGUGCCUCCUUUCAAGGUCACUCCCCCAGCUCUACUCCUGCCCGGAAGAAAACUGGCCGUUGGGCGUGGGCAUUCCUGCCUGUGCGCCUGCAGGCAGAGCUCUUCGGGGAAGGCCGUGCCCUCGGCCUCACCCGCUGGGCUGUGAAGUCCCCUGAGGACUCCGCUCCCAGGUUGGAGCUUAGCCACCAGGAGAGGGCAGUCCCUGGGCCUCCCAGAACAGAGCAGAGGCACACAGCCUGCUGCCGCCCGGUGCUUGAGAUGCAUCCGGAUGAACGUCCAGGUAGGAAGUGGAACCCAGGUUCAAGCCCACCACCAGCUUUUCUCAGCGCUUUGGGCUGGGGAGGGCCAUCUUGUUGUUUAAGGGCAGUUUCGUGAAAUUCCCACCACUACGGACAGACGGGGUUGUCUCGGCGAGUGAUUUGUUCUGUUUUGCUUUUUAAAUACAAUCCCCCUCCACUCAGGCCAGGUCUGGUGACCAUGACCCCUGCUAGGCACAGCCCCUUCUGCGCUUCUGAAUUUCGUGGAUUCCACUGCAAAGGAAAUAAAAUCAUGUUGACGGCGCCCAUG